GACGCAUUUUUACCUGCGCCGGAAGUCUUGCGAUGCUGAGGUGGUGGGUUCUGCCUGUUUAGGACUGGCCGUGGAGCUGUCAUGGCGCCAAAGGGAAAGGUGGGAACCAAAGGUAAAAAGCAGAUAUUUGAAGAAAACAAGGACACGUUGAAGUUCUAUCUGCGGAUUAUCUUGGGAGCGAAUGCCAUUUAUGGACUUGUAAACCUUGUGAUCUUCUACUCAGCAGCCACUCUCUGGACUUGGACUGCGUUUGUGUUCAGCAUGUUGGUCUACGGGGCCAGUUACCGCUCCAUGAGCUCCAUGGCAAAGCCGACCUUCACAGACGACGGCAGCCUUGCCGAUGGCGGGAUUGACCUGAAUAUGGAGCAGGGGAUGGCAGAGCACCUGAAGGAUGUGAUCCUGCUCACGGCUAUAGUCCAAGUUCUCAGCUGUCUUUCACCCUACAUGUGGUAUUUCUGGCUCUUGGCUCCCGGACGGGCACUUUACCUUCUCUGGGUUAACAUUCUAGGGCCUUGGCUGACCACAGACUCCUCAGCUGCCAACCCAGAACCCAACGAGAAGAAACAGCGCCGGCAAGAACGGCGGCAGAUGAAGCGCUUCUAGCAGCGCUCCCGGGAGUGGAUCUAGAAUGCCACCUGCCGUCUCUGAGUGGCUGUUCAUCAGGGAUGCAAAUUUGUUUUUAUCCAAUCAGAAAACAUCAGGGGCUGCUUCUCUCUCUCAUCCGCCCCCUUCCCUUUGGCAACGGCACUUCACUUGAAGGCUACAGAGAUGAUUCUGGAUGACUUCAAGUGUGUCACCAGGCAGAUGCCUUGACCUUUGUCUGCCUUAUGGCACAGGGCAGGAACCUUUUGCGAGAGUGGAAGUGUGUAAAUAAUCUUAUAAAAGUGACGCCGAAGUACGCAUCGGAAGAUGGAAGCGUCACUAGGCUUGAGGAAAUGGUAUAUUAAAAGAAAUGCUUUCAAUCUA